UCGUCUUCUUCAAAUUGACAUCCGUCUUGAAAUCAACCAAAUUACUUCAAUCCCUGGUUUUUCAGAGCUCACUUGGUGGUUUAUUGGACUUUCCGGAGGGGUUUUGGAGCUCCGGAGCAGCUAAAAAUGGUGGAGUUCGGGGAUGAGUUGAUGAUUGAGAGCUUCAAGGUCCCAUGGCUGAUAUGGAUCCAACUUCUUGUCACGAUUCUUCUUUUAAUACUACUCUUUUUUGGCCUCUCCGUGUUUUCUUUGGAUUCCUCCGCCAGCUCCGCGGCUCCGCCGAUAAGUUUGUCAACUAACCAUGGCAUUAACCCCGUGGUUUCUAAUAGAGUCGCUAAGGUGGAAUGCCGACAGGGUAGGAGGGAUGCCGGAACCAGUGAAGGGUCGACUCAACAAGAAGACCAUAGUGGAGAGGGAUCAUCUUCAUUGACAGGAUUCCAACAUCCAAUGCACCUGUGCAACUAUUUUGGACUAGCAAAGCGCGCAAUUUUUAAGUGCUUUGGAUUAGAGUCUAGCCCCGAAAGCUCCUCUAGAAGCCGUCAGCAUGAAAAACAAGAAUAACUAAUACAAUGUAGCCGGAACCUACAAGAACACCAUCUGUGUUUUGACAUACUGAAUCCAACGAAAGAAAA